AUGGCACUCCCGACCGCGGCAGGCGACGACGUUUGCGUGCGAUCCCUUCGACCGUCGCCAUUCUUGCUCGGCGACAUCGCGAACGACCCUACUAGCGACUCCCUUACCACUAUUGCCAGCUCAGAUUCCAAGUCGCGCAUGCUGGAGCUGGCGACGCGCUUCGCCGCUACUCUCCGCUCUCUCGAGAUCCGCCCAGGCGCGGGUGGUAACGCGACUCGACCUGACGACGACAAGCUAUCGGCCUACAGCAUUGUGCAGAUCCUUCAACGCGCGUCGGGAAUCGAAUCGCUCUCGCUGGUGAGCUGCGUCGAAGCGGUGCCUGAUCGUCGCGCCGCGCCGCCCGGCUUCCUUCCCAUGACCAAAACAGAGCUCGCCACGGUGGUGCUCCCGGCGCUGCCAUGUCAGCUCAAAUCCCUGAACCUGAGCUCGGACCAUUUUCUGACCCCCUCGGCGUGCAUGACGUGGGCGGAGGGGGGCGAGACCACGGCGGGAGGCGCAGGUCGCGUGUGGGGCAAAGACGACGGCCUUCAAGUCGCCGGCACGACUAAUGUCCCCAUUCCCCCGUCCAACGCGCCCCCUCUGCGCGUCCCUUCAACCACUCCCCCUCCUGCUGCCGCCGCCGCCGCUGCUGCUGCUGUCACUCCUCCCCCUCCGUCCAAUCCUUCUCCUCCUCCUUCCCCAACCUCUUCUCUGCCCGCUCCCCCUCCCCUUCCGCCCGCCCCCUCCCGCGAGCCCAUCUCCAUCCACCCGCCGCGCGUGUGCCUCACAGACGUGCAUCUGCUCACCAUCGCCGCCUCCCUCCCCAACCUCACCUCGCUCAACCUCGACACGCGCGCCACCGUCAGCGUGGAGACCAUAGGCCACCUGGCGGCCUCGCUGCCGCAACUCAAAUCUUUCUCUCUCUGCUCAGAUGCGGUUACCUGGGAGGUGGUGUCGCUGCUGCUCGCGCUCCUCCCCUCUCUGGAACACCUCUCCAUCGUAUCCCACGCCUUGGAUAAACCAAGCAACCACCCCGCCGAGCCUCCUGCUUCGGCUGCCACAGCAGCCGAUCCAGCUGCGGCCGAGGCUUUAGAUUCUGAAACGGCUGCUCUCCUGUCAUCGCUCUCCAUUGCCACUCCCAAACCCGGCGACCUGUUCUACUGCCCACCAGGGUCGGCUCUGGCGCCCUGCCUCUCCUCCAUCCGCCUCUACGUCUCCCCCCACCGCUCCGUUGCCUGGGACUCGCCCCCCGCCUCCUCCCUGCUGCUCGCCCUCGCUGCUCGUCCCUCCUCCACCUCUCUGCGCGCCUUCCACGCGCAGAACUCCCCCAGCUCCACGUGGCAGCUCGUGGGCCACCUGUUCCGCCAGCUCACCACUCUGGAUCUCUCCCAAACCGAGCCACAUCUCUCUUCAUCCCACCUGAAGAGUGGCUCACCCGAGUGGAAGAGGAGCGAGGAGGUGCUCUGCCAGGCCAUCCGGGGCCUCCCUCUCCUGGAGCGCCUAGGCCUUCCACUGGUGUCAGAUGCCGUUCUGACAGCUGUUUCCGAGUCCUGCCCGAACCUCACCGCCUUGCAUGCCCAGCCUCUGGCUCGCUUCAUCGCUGUCGCCUCUGCUGCUGCUAGUCCUGCUAAUGAUUUCCUCCUCACCACCACCUCUUCCUAUGCCAGGACCUGCCUGCGUGUCGCCCCCCCUCCUGUGCAAUCUCAUGUUACCGAUGCCGGGGUGGUGGCGAUCGCGAACGGAUGCACGCGAUUGGUGCAGCUGAGUCUGGGCGGCUUUGUGAACGUGGGGCCAGUGGGGCUGCGCCAGCUGGCGAGGAGAUGCGGGCGGCUGGAGGUGCUGCGGCUGGCGCGCGCAGCGGUGGACGACGCUGCUGUCGUGGCAGCGCUGUUCGGCGACACCUGGCAUGCUGACGCGACAGCUGGCGCUGGUUCCACUUCUUCGCUCCAGCUGCAGUUGCCCCGGCUCGUUCUGCUGGAUCUUUUUGACUGCCCGGGUGUUUCCUCCAGCCUGCUGCUCUCUCUCUUGGCAGCGACCAGGGAGCUUGCUGGCAAUGGUGAAGACGGGGAGGAGGUGAGGGCUGGGGGAGAGGGAACUCGUCCUGGACUGAAGGAUUUCAGGCUGCGGAGGCUGCUGGUUUCUCAUGGAGUUAUUGCUGGCACGGAACGCAGGGAGGGAUUGGAAGGUGAAAAGGAAGGAGAGGGAAGUGAAAGUGGUUCUGCUGGUGUGGAUCUGAGGGUUGCAGCAAGGGAGGUUGGAAUGCUGCUGCCUGAACUGGUGGUGACGUGCUGUAGGACGGCAGAGCAUGUUUUGCCCUGGGAUGGAUUCUUUGGAGAGAGGAAGCUUGGUGUGGGUGAUGCUGAGGAUGAUGCUGAUGUGUAG